AUGACCAAUAAUAUCAGUACAACUGUUCUAGCCGCAAUUAUCAUAACUAUUGUAAUUGGCGUGAUUACGAUCAACAAAACAACUAAUCCCUCCAAAACUCACCGUACUGUUCUAAUCAAAGAUGAAUUCCAAGAAUUUCCAUUAAUAAGUAAAACUGUGUUGUCACACAAUACCGCAAUUUACAGGUUUAAGCUACCAAACGAAACUGAUCGUUUAGGGUUACCAAUUGGCCAACAUAUAAGCAUUAGCGGUGUUGACUAUACAACUGGUAAGUCAAUUAUGAGAUCUUACACUCCUACUUCACUAGAUUCAGAAUCAUCUGGCUUUUUUGAACUAUUAAUUAAAGCAUAUGAAAAUGGUAAUAUCUCUAAAAUGUUUGCCAACUUAUCAAUAGGCGACAAAAUUAAAGCUAGAGGUCCAAAGGGGUUUUACACGUACAAACCAAAUAUGAGAAAACAUUUGGCCAUGGUUUGUGGUGGUACUGGUAUAACACCAAUGUAUCAAAUUUUGAAAAGCAUUUCCCAUAAUUCAAGGGAUAACACCAAGGUUACCUUGAUUUAUGGUAAUGUUAGUGAAUCUGAUAUUUUAUUAAAAAAUGAAAUUGAUGAAAUCAUUAACUCUGGAAAAAAUGGUCAAUUUAAGGUUUAUUAUAUGUUGGAUAAGGCACCGGAAAAGAACCCCGAAUCGUGGGAAGGUGGUAUUGGCUAUAUCACUAAGGAGAUUAUGGAAGAGCAUUUACCUAAAGCCACUGAUGAUGGCGUUCAAUUAUUAGUCUGUGGUCCACCAGGCUUAGUUUCUUCAGUGAAGAGAAAUUCUCUUGCCUUGGGAUUUGAAAAAGCCAAAGCUUUAUCUAAAGGUGAUGAUCAAGUCUUCGUAUUCUAG